UUUCUCCGGUUAGGAAAUCAUGUUGACUCACUCUGUGUCUGCUUCAACGACGUUCCAACUAUUCUGAGAAAAACCACUCUCUCUCUCUCUCUCUCUCUCUCUCUUCACUGUUCAUUCUUCUGCUCUGUGUGCCAAAACCACUCACAAGGUGCCACCACAAUUCAUCUUUCAGGUUAUUGCUUACUUCAACAUACCUCUCUCUUUUUUUUUGGUUGCAUGGAUCCUGUUUUGUUCCCAAGAAACUGUGUAAAUUGAAAGAUAGAAUCUUGGAACAGUGAUAUGGCUGAAUAGAUUUUGAAUAUUUCUACCGGUUUCUUCAUUAUUUCAGUGCUUGUGUCAAACUUCAAUUCAGUUUGUACUAAUGGAAUCUUGGAGUUACAUCCCAGAAGAGAGAAGCUAUUUGUUUUCUGAUGAAAUGGACUUUUCACUUGAUGCUUUUAUGAGAAGUAGAAAACCAUUGGUUGAAUGGGAGAACAAAUCUUCGUGUAACUUUGAAAGAGAUGGAUUUAAAGGUAUGGAGUUUGUGGACUUAGGAUUUCCCGAUUUUCUGCAAAAGUCUUUUCUUAGUAGCAAGCCUAUGGAAACAUCUAGCUGUGAGCUGGAUAGUAAUAAUUCUAGUAAAAGAGGGAAUUCCUCUUCACAUGUUAUUGCUUUUGAUUCAUCUUUUGGUGAAGAAGAUUCCGAGCCAAAGCAUUUAAGUUCGUCUCUAGUUGAAUUGAAAAAUCGUGAUUCUUCGUCGAUUGAUCUGAAGCUAGGGAGAUUAGCAGAUUUUCAAGGUGCAAACAUUGACAGAAAUGCAAAAGAAUUCACUUCUGCAGCUAUGCCUCAAACCUCGCUAGCUAAGAGAGCUCGCACCUCUAGCUUACCUGCUCAGGCUCCUGUAUGUCAAGUUUAUGGUUGUAAUAUGGACCUUAGCUCCUCGAAAGAUUACCACAAAAGGCAUAGAGUUUGUGAUGUUCAUUCCAAGACAGCUAAAGUUAUUGUGAAUGGCAUUGAACAGAGGUUUUGUCAGCAGUGCAGCAGGUUUCAUUUGGUAGCUGAAUUCGAUGAUGGUAAACGUAGUUGUCGCAGACGUCUAGCUGGACACAACGAACGGCGAAGGAAACCUCAGUUUGAUUACAUGACUAGUAAACAACACAAGAUUCUUCAGUCAUAUCAAGGUACUACCAACUUUUCCUUUCAAGACAUAUUUAUCAAACUUGAAGAGGAGCCAAUUUGCAGCCCUCAAAUAGAACCGUCGGCCACACUUGGUCACGAGUUAUCUACCCGUGCUCUCUCUCUUCUGUCAGCUCAGUCACAGAAUCCUUCACGCCACGCAGCAGGAAAUGCAUUACCAACUUCUCGUACUUUUCGGGACGUCCACACACAAGAUAGAGACGACCAAGUUUCUGAAACGCUGUUGAUGAUAAGCUCUGUGGAUAAACAUGAACAAAAUGAGUCUUUUCCAUCUGGGAUAAACUCUAAGGAAGUUAUCAAAUCUGAAAAUGGAGGAUCCACUGUUGAUUUGUUUCAACUGUCUUCGCAUCUUCAAAGGGUGGAGCAGCAAAGAAAUUCUGUUUUGGUAAAGUGGGAAGAUGAGGAUUGCUCUUUCCCAACAGUGUAAAGUCUUUAUUUUUUAUUUUAGCCUAAUGUGUCAUGGAACUGAUUCAAUUUGUUGAUACAUAAAUUUUUUGUGAUUCUUUAAUGGCUUCGUAUGGAUCAAUGAUAUAUAGAAAAGUGUGGGAUAUCAAUGUUAGUGGAAUUAUUGAGGGAAAA